GCUGCAGACCCAAUGUCAGCCAUGCUUCUAGAAUCAUCUGUUCAUUGUCCACAGCAAGAAAAAAUGACAGGAUCUCUGGAGCUGGUGUCAUUUGCUGAUGUGGCUGUGGACUUCAGCUUGGAGGAGUGGCAGGACCUGGAUAUUGCUCAGAGGACCUUGUAUAGAAAUGUAAUGCUGGAGACGUACAGCAACCUGGUGUCCUUCGUGCCCUGUGUUCCUAAACCUGAAUUGAUUCUCAAGCUGGAACCAGGUGCAGAACUGUGGACAGAAGAUGCCUCAGACAAGAAUUUCACAGAUGUCCAAGAAAUGGAGGAUAUGACUAAGAUGUUCCAGGAAGGUCCAGAUAAAUGUCUGUGUGACGUAGCAGUCAAAAAUAGUAACACAGUGGAAGAAACAGAGAGAUUAGUUCAACACAUGAGCCAGAGCUGUUUAGGAGUAAUGGGAACUCUUUAGAGAUGAGGAUUGAGGAGCUCAUGGAGUGUCAGCACAUGCUUUGCUAUAGUGAGGCAGAUGAGAUGAAUGCUGCUGUAUAUAGGCCUGGUGUGUCUCCUGUAGGUAAAGAAUGCCUCAGCUAUUCAGACCAUUUAAUCAAAAUUAUGAGAGUCCAAGUGAGCUUCAGUACUUUGAAUACGGUGGGCAAGGGAAGGUAUUAAUCUCAGAGGACAUAUUCUUUAGAAACAUUUGGGUUUGUGUGGAAGAGCCCUCCUAUAACCAUAAUGAAUGUAGAGAAGACUAUAGUUUUAAGUCUGCUCUCCUUGCCCAAGAAAUACUUCAGGGAUGGAGGAAAACACUUGACUGUACUGUAUGUGGAAAACCAUUUUACUUAAGAUCUACAGUCAGUACACAUCGGAAAAUGUACACA